AGACACGAAAGGCAGGAGGCGGGACGAUAUGAAAAGAAAAAAAAAGCCAACAAAAAACCACCCUCAGCUCGGGAAGCGACAGUGGAAGGGUCCGCUCCUCCCAGAAGGCGGUGCUGCCUGCUAGGGCGAACCACGCGGAGGGUUGUGGGGCGGAUAGCGUCCCUCCUGAUGGAGACUCAUGGAGUCGGGUGGGCGGGGGACUCCAUAUCCCAGCAUGCCCCGCGGCGGGCCCGACCGGCCGCGACUCCGGGCUUGGCCCCGGCCCUAGCUCGUCGGCGGUGUAUCGGGGCGCGUGAAGGCUGCAGUCACGGUGGCGCCCGCGGGGACGGAGGAGGGAAUGAGUGAAGAGGAGCACGGCUCCGGCACUACCACGGGUUGCGGGCUGCCCAGGUCAGGGCCCCAGCAAGAAGGCAGCCAAGCACAAGGCAGCUGAGGUGGCCCUCAAACACCUCAAAGGGGGGAGCAUGCUGGAGCCGGCCCUGGAGGACAGCAGGUGAGGGAGGAGGAGCCGAGGCAUCCUAGAGGCCCUGCCAGGAGCCCAGGCCCCUGCGCCAGCCCCUCCGCCCAAUAGGCCUGGCCUGGUGACACUUAGCCACCUUGACCUGGCCUUUUCCUGCGAGUUUCCUCUGGAACCGAGCAGGAUGCUUCCAGGGCUCCUGCUGCUGUGAAGGGUUCUGGGGGGAAUGGCCAGCCCCACCGAGGGGUCAUGGCUGUGGUUUGGGGCCCAGGCUAGGGAGGGAGAGGGGCGGAGGCUGAGGCUGGAAGGAGUUGCUGCUCAACAUGCUUCCUCUUUCUUAGCAAGCUGUCCUUCCCUCUUCCACACUCAGGUCGGGAGUUUGUUGCUCCCAUGGUUCUUGGGUAGGAAGAGACCCUCCUCCCCCUGUUUCUCAGUCUCUUUGAUCUGUUGUUGGCAGCAAAGGAUCCCAGGAGCAAGAACUGGUGGUUGAACUUCCCUGGCUCUUUGGCUCGAAUGGGAAGGAAUUUUCUUAGGGGAGGGGCAGGUCAGGAGGACCUGGGUGCCCCGCCCCUUGUGCCCCCUCCUCAUGGGUGUGAAUCAAAGGCCCUCUUCCCCUCGGGAAGUUCUUUUUCUCCCCUAGACUCUUCACUGCCUGAGGACGUUCCGGUUUUAACUGCUGCAGCAGCUGCUACUCCUUUUCCGUCUGCUGUCCCAACCAGGAGCCCCCCCAUGGAGGUGCAGCCCCCUGUCUCCCCUCAGCAAUCUGAGUGCAACCCCGUUGGCGCUCUGCAGGAGCUGGUGGUACAGAAAGGCUGGCGGUUGCCUGAGUACACAGUGACCCAGGAGUCUGGGCCAGCCCACCGCAAAGAGUUUACCAUGACCUGCCGAGUGGAGCGUUUCAUUGAGAUUGGCAGUGGCACUUCCAAAAAGCUGGCAAAGCGUAACGCAGCAGCCAAAAUGCUGCUUCGAGUGCACACGGUGCCUCUGGAUGCCCGGGACGGGAAUGAGGCCGAGCCUGAUGACGACCACUUCUCUAUCGGUGUGGGCUCCCGCCUGGAUGGACUUCGGAACCGGGGCCCGGGCUGCACCUGGGAUUCUCUGCGAAAUUCGGUGGGAGAGAAGAUCCUGUCCCUCCGCAGCUGCUCCCUGGGCUCCUUAGGUGCUCUGGGCCCUGCCUGCUGCGGUGUCCUCAGUGAGCUCUCUGAGGAGCAGGCCUUCCAUGUCAGCUACCUGGAUAUUGAGGAGUUGAGCCUGAGCGGGCUCUGCCAGUGCCUGGUGGAGCUGUCCACACAGCCGGCCACUGUGUGUCAUGGCUCUGCAACCACCAGGGAGGCAGCCCGUGGCGAGGCUGCUCGCCGUGCCCUGCAGUACCUCAAGAUCAUGGCGGGCAGCAAGUAAAGCCCCGGCUGGACUCAUGGAUGUGCACCGUUGCUCCCUGCUCUUCCUGCCCUGGCCCAGCCCACGCGUCUGCCCAGCUCUGGUACCCCCUGGGGGUGCCAUCUCUACCUCUGACACAGACUGCUUGCCGGCAGGCUGAGGAGGGCCAGGAGCCAGGGACCACAGGGCCUCAGCUGGCCCAGGAUCCAUCCUCCUGUGUUGGUGAUGACAAGGGAGAAUGAAAUGGGGGGCUCUCCCCUAGAGCCCAUAAUAAAUGUGCUGCUCCUUGGAUUCUUAAA